AUGCCUCGAAACGGCCUCGAUGCAGUAAAAAGCACCGCGGAGCCUAGUGCUCUGAAGCGUCUCAGCUCUUCCUUUUCCCUCAGAUCGGAGCUUUCUGAGCCAAAUGCCAAGCCUGAGAGCAGGCGGCGACGGUUCACGAAAAUGCUCGGAACCGUAUUCCCCACACCACGACGACGCUCCUCGCCCCCAGUCGCAGAACCGCCGAGGAUUCAACAAAUACCGGCUCAGAACAGUAGCCAACGGACACCACCAGCAACUAGGUCGGCGACGGCAUCCCCAAUCCGAAGAGAGCAGAUUCGUAUCAUUCGCGACCCCCUUCCGAUCCGUCCGCCCAGACCCUUCUGCCCAGCGACCAGCCACAUGAUCGUGAGCCUGCAGCGCAGCUCCUCUCCUCUACAGCUGCCGCGAGCUAGUCUAGAAGCAAAUAAUAAGGGAGAGGACAACCUCGUGCCGUACAGACCUCCACCCACCCCAACUCAGCAACCAGAGGCAACGCAGCCGCACCGACGGGAUGGGAGCUCACCUCGUCCGCGGACAAGAGACACCGCUACCUCACCCAGCCCCAACUGCCGGGGCGACCGCGACCACGCUCGCCAACCACCACCACCACCACCACCAGAACGCAGGCAGGAAGCACCGCACAGGGUUGGAUGUCCACACGCAACAGCGGUGCCGGCCCGGCCACCGCUGAGCCCCAGCCCAGCCAGCAUCGCGACCGCGUUCCCCGAGCCGCCGAGCCGCCCGCCGCCACCCGAGUGGAUCCGCGAGCAGGCCGCCGCCGGCAACCCGGCGUGGAUGUCGUCCAUGUCGGAUUCGGGCCCGAACAGGCGCUCGCUGCUGUGGAAGAGGCUGAAGCGGUGGGGGGAGAGGGUCAGGGGCCGGGUCGGGCCGUCGCGGUCGGGGAGGGCGAAGAUGCGGGGAAAGGGGGAGGAGGCAUGGGGCGCCCAUGAGGUGGUGGGCAAACGGCCGAUGAGUGACACACCGCCGCCGAGGCCCUGCUCGAGCUUAUAUUCGACGGCCUCGCGGACGUGUUUUGCCGCGUCUGAUGGGCGCGCCUCAGCUGCUGGGGCGCGGUCGUCGUGGCCGGGGAGUAGUCAUCCCCCGGUGGGUGCCUCUAUGAUCUGA